GCUGCCCGCAGGCUUUCCGGGCGCUGUGCACCAGGGACCGGCUGCUGGCGGCCUUCGGGCAGCGCCGGGUGCGGCUCAGCACCGCCAACACCUACUCGUACCGCAAAGUGGACAUGCCCUUCCAGGAGUAUGUGGAGCACCUGCUGGAGCCUCAGGACCUGGACCUGCUGGGCAGCGACACACUCUACUUCUUCGGGGACAACAACUUCACCGAGUGGGGCUCCCUCUUCCAGAAGUACGUGCCCCCGCCCUUCCGCUUGCCCGGCACCACCAGUGCCUACAGCUUCGGCAUUGCUGGCUCCGGCUCAGGGGUGCCCUUCCACUGGCAUGGCCCUGGGUUCUCCGAGGUGAUCUUUGGCAGGAAGCGCUGGUUCCUGUACCCACCAGAGCACACACCUGAGUUCCACCCCAACCGGACGACGCUGUCCUGGCUGCUGGACACAUACCCGCGGCUGCCCCCUGAGGCACGGCCCUUAGAGUGCACCAUUCGCCCAGGCGAGGUCCUGUACUUCCCUGCCCGCUGGUGGCAUGCCACACUCAAUUUGGACACAAGUGUUUUUAUCUCCACCUUCCUGGGGUAGUGCUGAGCUGUGCCCUGCCCCCAUUGCUGUUGGCUCCCCACAGCUGAAGAGUCCAUGUGCUUCCUGCCCCAGAUAGAAGCUGUGAUGCUGCUGUGUUGUAGCACCCCUCUGCCCUCUUCCAUGGGCCAUUGCAAUGGAGACCUUUGUGUGAGCACCUGGAUAGGCACAGCACCUGUGUGCACUAGCCCCUUGUGAGGGGUGGGGAGUGCAGCUGUUCCAUGCUGUGGCUCAGUGGCCUGACCCUUGUCCUCAUGAAGGGUUGAAUCUCCUAAGACUAGGCGCUCACAAGCAGUGCUCCUCUGCAGCUGGACCCUACUUCAGCAUCUGUUCAUUCUUCCAUUCCUCUCUUCCCCUUGACCUGGGGCUACAUUCCAGCAGCUCCAUGACCAAAUGAGCCCAGGGGAGAGCACCUUCUCUUCUGAGCUUAGUUUAUCUUCUUGCAUGUAUUACACUGCUCCAAGUGUUUGAGCAACAAGGCCAGUUUCAAAAGGCAGCUCCUGGGGACUAGCAGACUGGAGUGCUGUCAGUGAGCAGCUUCUACCAGGGCACCUUAGCAGUGGACCAGCUCCCUAGCUUAUGGCACAUCCCAGCUAGGCAAGGGUGGGGUAAACUGGGAAGUGGGGGGGUGGGGGGGGGUGUCCCUCUGCUGAGCCUGACCUCAUAUGUGCUGUGCCCCCAGCCCCCAUGGUGCCUCCUGAAAAAGCCAAGGGACCAGCUCUUUUUGUGCAGCCACUGGCAGGGAUUUACUUACACACUGACUCAGGCAUAGGGGACAGGACUGAAUACUUGACAUUGUUUAGGUUAUUUAUUGGGGUUUUUUGCCCUGUUACUCUUUGGAUUAAAAAAAUGUAGAUGACUAUAAUCCUUGGUAUUGGCUGGCUGUCUGCUUCACCCCACCACAUGGAAAGCCAGGUUGUGUACAAAGGCACUGCCCCAGCUGUAUCCAUCUCUGCAAGUGAGACUGCCCUGCUCUAUGUAGCACCUGCCAGCACACAACACACAGCCAGCCCUCAAUCCCUGCUGUGGAGAAGGGCAACAUCAGGGUUAGCAGAGACAGGCAGCAAAGCUAGGAAGAGAUGCCAGAACUCGGCUUACACCUCAGUGCCCCUCCACCAUGAGGAACACCUUGCCACCUCCAGCAAUGCAGUUCUACAGGACCUACACAGAAAUGGAGGACAGCCGAAAGGGCUCUCCUUAAGCAUUGCUCAGGCAUGCAGGGAUGAAGUCAGGAAGGUCAAAGCACAAUUGGAGUUGCAGCUAGCAAGGGAUGUGAAGGGUAACAAGAAGGGUUUUUGCAAGAAUCAGCAGCAAGAGGAGGAUCAGGGAAUGCAUGGGUCCCUUGCUGAAUUGGGGAGGCAACUGGUGACAGAGAAUGCAGAAACGGCUGAAGUGCUCAAAGCCUUUUCCGCCUUAGCCUUCACAGGCAAGGGCAGCUCCCAGACUACUAUGGUAGGCAGCAGUUUGGGGAGGAGAUGAGCAGCCCUCAGCAAUGAAAGAACAGGUUAGGGACCACCAAGAAAAGAUGGAUGUGAACAAGUCCAUGGGUCCAGAUGAGAUGCACCCAAGGGUGCCAAGGAACUUGGCUGAUGUGAUUGCAGAGCCAUUGGUCACCAUCUUUGAAAACUCAUGGCAAUCAGGAGAGCUC